AUACAAUACACCCUCACUUCACCAGAGUGAUGUCAGUAGCCCACUCGAUCUGGAGUAAAAGACCCAGCAUCUUGUAGUCGCUUAUUCGCGCUCUUCACGACAGCCUUGGCACAUCUUCAUUUGCUUUGCUUCUGCGCCUUACCAUGGCGUCUGCCCCCUUGAAGGCGGCCUUGCUCGUCGUGUCAACCACAGCUGCCCAGGAUGCCGCGACCGAUGGUUCGGGCCCGGUUCUCUCGCAGGUGUUGACGGAUGAGGGUGAUGGCAAAUGGGAGGUCUUGGAUACGAAAAUCGUUUCCGAUGACGUGCUUCAGAUCCAGAGACAGAUCACGGCUUGGGCAGACGGUCCGGAUGGCAUCCACCUCAUUAUCACCACUGGCGGAACGGGCUUUGCAACCGCCGAUUAUACACCAGAGGCGGUUACUCCAUUGCUGCACAAGCAAGCCCCAGGUCUUGUCCAUGGGAUGCUCGCGGCGUCCCUCCAAGUCACACCCUUCGCCAUGAUGUCGCGCCCAGUUGCCGGCGUCCGUAACAAAUCAAUCAUUGUGACUCUCCCUGGCUCGCCCAAGGCCGCCAAGGAGAACCUCCAGGCGAUCGUCAAAACACUCCCUCAUGCUUGCUUGCAGGCGGCAGGGGCCAACUCAAGGGCACUUCAUGCUGGAGGAGUCAAAAAGCUAGAGUCUGAUGCUGGCAUCAUCGGUGGAAAACCACAGUCUGCCGACCCAGGACACCAUGCUCACCAUCACCAUGGACACGGACAUGGUCAUGGCCACGGCCACGGAAGCCUUGUGAGACACACGAUCCCAGGUGCUCUGUCGAACGAUCCCUCGCUUGGGCCUUCCAGACGAUAUCGAGAAUCACCGUACCCUAUGCUCUCCGUGGAAGAUGCCCUUGCGUUAAUCUCACAACACACUCCUGAACCGGAGGUGAUUACGGCAAAGGUCGAUGGAACGAUCAUCAACUCCGUCCUAGCCGAAGAUGUAAAGGCAAAGGAGAACGUGCCGGCCUUCAGGGCUAGCAUCGUCGACGGGUAUGCAGUCGUGGUCCCCAACAAUGGCCAACUGAAUGGAGUUUUCCCUGUCACAGCGGUGUCCCACGCCGCACCCGGCGAGAUUGGCGCUCUCAAGGAAGGCGAAGUUGCCAGGAUCACCACCGGUGCUCCUCUACCUCCUGGAGCAACGAGCGUCAUCAUGGUGGAAGACACAAUCCUCAAGACCAUGUCCGAAGAUGGUACGGAAGAGAAGGAAAUUGAAAUUCACAUUGAAGGUAUCAAGGAAGGCGAGAAUGUCCGCGAAGUCGGCAGUGACAUCAAAGAAGGUACCACUAUUCUCAACAAGGGCGAGCUCAUCUCUGGUGUCGGAGGUGAAAUCGGUCUCCUCGCCGCUGUAGGCGUCGCCGAAGCAAAGGUCUACCGCCGUCCUGUCAUCGGCGUCCUCUCCACAGGUGAUGAGAUUAUCGAGCACGACCGCCCAGGAGCCCUGAAGCUAGGCGAGGUCCGCGACACGAACCGCAUCACUCUCAUGUCCGCGGCAAAGGAAUGGGGCUACGACAUUGUCGAUUUGGGCAUCGCCAAGGACAAGCCCGGCUCGUUGGAGGAGACGUUACGAGAUGGCCUCCGUCGAGCUGACUUGCUCAUCACUAGUGGCGGCGUCUCUAUGGGCGAGCUUGACCUGCUGAAGCCGACUAUUGAGCGUUCCCUGGGAGGAACUAUUCACUUUGGCCGGGUUGCCAUGAAACCUGGAAAGCCAACGACCUUUGCCACAGUCACCGUCAAGGACAACGCAGGGCAGCGAGUCUCCAAGGCCAUCUUCUCGCUCCCAGGCAAUCCAGCUUCGGCCCUCGUCACGUUCCACCUGUUUGUGCUUCCGUCGCUUCACAAGCUGGCGGGCUUGGCGCCUGUUGGCCUACCCAAGGUCCCUGCCACGCUUUCCCACGACUUUCCGCUCGAUUCACGACCGGAAUAUCACCGUGUAGUUGUGACAGUGGGCAAGGAUGGUCUCCUUUCAGCGACGAGCACUGGUGGCCAACGCAGCUCCAAGGUGGGCAGUUUGAGAUCAGCGAAUGCCUUGGCGUGCCUACCUGGUGGAAAGGGGAAACUGGAGAAGGGGACAAAAAUCGAUGUGCUGUUGAUGAAUACCGUUCGCGGUGCUUAAAGGCCAGGUGGGCAUAUAUGGGAACGCUGGACACUCUUCAACUCUAGUAUUGAACCAAAAUUUAUCGAAAC